AUGGAGCUGAGCUUGGACACCAGUCUGGUGUUUAUCCCAAAAACAAUCUCUGACUUUCUCGCGCAGCUCUCAACCAUGGAAGAUAGCUCUCAGAGGUCGUCAGAGCUUGAUGCUUAUGUGAAAAGGCUCGAAGAUGAAAUGAGAAAGAUUGAAGUUUUCAAGCGCGAGCUUCCUCUUUGCAUGCUGCUCUUAAAGGAUGCAAUUGAGAGGUUGAAGGAGAAAGUAAUGCAGUGUAAGAAAAUGGAAGAUCGGCCUGUGAUAGAAGAAUUCAUACCAUUGAAGGGUAAUCUGGAUGAGAAUGGAGGGGGAGUUUUGGGAAAGGAAAACAGUGACAAGAAGAACUGGAUGAGCUCUGCUCAGCUUUGGAGCACAAGCCUCAAUAUUUUUGAGUACAGCAAACACGACUCUGCAUUAGGACUCAGAAGGAGGAACGAUGAAGAUGAUCGGUCGGUGCCUGAGAACUCAAUUGAGCCAAGUAAUAACAGAGCCAUGGAAAGGACAUUUGUGCCAUUCAAGGAACAAUAUGAGUCUGGUUUUACAGGAACUUGUCUUAAGGAUGACAAGGAGGUCUCACAGGUCCCAAGCCUUUCUCUUAUGACUCCAUUGAUGUCUGAAGCACUGGAUGCUUCUACCAAUACAAACAUUAAGAGCAACAACAACUGCAAAGGUGGUUCAGGUUCUGGUUUGGCAGGCCAACUCAAAUUACAGAACAAACCUCAACAGCAAUCACAGCAGCAACAACCCUUUAGGAAGCAAAGGCGAUGCUGGUCACCUGAGCUUCACCGCCGCUUUGUUGAAUCUCUUCAACAGCUUGGAGGAACACAAGUGGCAACUCCUAAGCAGAUAAGAGAGCUUAUGCAGGUGGAUGGUCUCACCAAUGAUGAAGUGAAAAGCCAUUUGCAGAAAUACAGGCUUCAUGUCCGAAAGCUACCGGCUUCUUCUGCUGCCAAAGGCAAUGGCAUAUGGAUGCCCCUAGAUCACAGUGCAGACCAUUCUAAGGCAAACAACUCACAGUCUGGUUCUCCACAAGGUCCUCUCCUUCCAGGUGAGUUUGCCAAAGGUCGAUCUACAACUGGAGGGGAGUCAGAUAACAGCAGAGAAGCAGAAGAAGAUGAGAAAUCAGAUGGCCAGAGUUGGAAAGGUGGGCUUCUUCACAACAACCAAGGAGGAGAUGUAUAG